CCGGGGGCCGCGGGGGUUCUGGCGUCGGCGGGCGGCUUGGGCCGGGGGUUCGGGCCGGGGGCCGUGGGGGCCCUUCGCGCGCUCCGGCGGGGCCGCCCCGGGGGCAAACCGGGGCCCCCCGCCGCCCAGCCCGGGAAUUCGGCGGUCGGGUCCGGGGCGUUCAGGCCCGUCUCGUAGGGCGCCGCCCCGGACGCGCGCGGGCCCUCGGGCCGCGUCGCGGAGCGUCUCGGGCGGCGGCGCCAGUGGCCUUUGUCGGCCUCCCGGUCGCUCCUUGACCCGCCGCGGCCGCCGGCCGCCUCUGCCCGGUCCGUGCUGCGGCGGCCCCGCUGCGGGGCGUCCCCGGGGCUGACACCCGCUCCCCUUCUUGCCCCGGUCCCUGCAGUGACUUCCGGCAGCAGCGACGCGCCCGCAGCCGGCCUGGCCCGAGGAGCGGAGAUGGAGGGUCCCAGGAAGGACGAUGUUCUUCUUUUGGCUGAUGAAAAGUUUGACUUCGAUCUUUCAUUGUCUUCGUCAAGUGCCAAUGAAGAUGAUGAAGUCUUCUUUGGACCUGUUGGCCAUAAAGAAAGAUGUAUUGCUGCCAGCUUCGAAUUAAAUCAUCAGAUUCCUGAAGAACCUCCGUUGCCAGCAUCUGGAAGCCACUUCACUUGGAGUCCUCUCACUGGGGAAAAAUUUGUGGAAGUUUAUAAAGAAGCUCACUUACUGGCCUUACAGAUACAAAGCAACAGCAAAAGCAAGGCGGCCCCCGCUGCCAAGCUCGAAGGCCCCGGGAGCCAGGGCGUGGAGGGAUUCAUACAGGAAUCAAAGCUGAAAAUAAACCUCUUUGAGAGAGAAAAUGAAGUGAAGAAAAGCCCCAAGUCCCUCAAGAGGGAGACGUAUUACCUGUCGGACAGCCCCUUGAGGGGACCGCCACCCUGGGGCACCCAGUCGCCCUCGAGCACAGCCCUGCCGGCUGCUCCUGCCCAGGCCGGCCGCCCCCCCGCGCCGGGGCCAGCGCCCGCUGCGUGCUCUCCUUUGCCGGUGGAGCCGAGUGCUGCUCCCCCCCCGAACCAGGCCAGGGCUCAGAGGAAGGUGGCCAGCAAGUUGCCGCCACCCCGAGCCUCAUCUCUUAGAGGAAAAAGCGUUCCGUCGGCCGUGGAGAAGCCUAUGAAAGAGAAACCAGCUAGUCCUUCCAGGAUGAAAAUCCUACGUGAAAAAGAUUCCCACAGCAGCGUGCCCCCUGACAAGCCCCGUGCCGCCCGGGACAUGACCAGCUUGCCAGCCGGUGGAAGCCACGUGGCCCCAGGCAAGCGGUCGCUCCCUGUUCCCAGCAAGUCCGGGCUGAAGAAAACCACGUUAAAACCACCUGGAUGUGCUGGCGGUCUUGCAAGGAAGUCCUCCUCGGGGUCCGUCUCUGGCAUGAGUUCCAGUGUGUGUGCUUCUCCAGCGGGUGGCAAAGCUAAACCAAGUGAACAUCCAGGCAUCCCUGCAGAGAGUUCCCAGUCAAACACUAGCCAGUUGGGCAGAACAGGACUUGCCAUGCCGCGGCCGUCUCUGCAGGUGGGCCCUGCAGGCGUGUCCUGCAGGCAAAGCCAGAGGCCCGUGGUUGCUGAGCUGACAGCCGAGCAGCUCAGGGCGUCCACCAGAACGGCUCUCACCCAACCCCAGACUCCAGAGCAGGGAGGCCCUGGGCGGAACUCUCAUUUCAGUUUGUCACAGUCGUCUCAAAUGAAUAAGACUGGAAGUACAAGAAGGCGUGAUUCCUAUCUAAAUUCCAAGACAAAGUUUAUGCCUACCCCUACAGAUCAGUUUAAAAUUCCUAAGUGUUCUGUUGGUGAACCCCCGGAUGGCGUGACACCAAAGUCCUGUCGGGCGCAGAGACCGCAGUCCUGCACGUCGGUGGGGAGGGUUGCGCACAGCACUCCUGCGAGACGGGCCUCGGCCUCAUGGAGCCUGGCGAGCGGCGUGAGGACCCCCGUGAGCACCAGGCGCGCCUCAGCCCUGCCCACGCCUGCCGGCCGGCGACUCUCCACCCUCCCCCCAGCCACCCCUGUAACCAUGUCCAGGGCUCUGGCAUCCCCCCUGCGUGUGUCUGCUCAGCGACGUUCUUCUGAGCCCCAGAGGAAAUCUGCAGUGAGAUCUGCGCCCGCGAGGGAGGGUGAUGGCAGGGCUGCCUCCAGGCGCUCAGACUCGUCCCCAGAAGGGCGCUGCUCUCCACCUGCUGUGGCACAAGCACUUAGCUUUUCUCCAGAAAAGAGUGAUCUUACUUUUUCAAAAAGUACCUCCCCAGAAGCACUGGACGAAGCACAGCCACCUGAAGCUGCAGCCCCCAGUGAGGCUCUUCUUGUGGACGUCACACUGGAUCAGCUUAGCAUCACCCCGCGGGCUGCGGCCACACCCCUGGGCGACCUCCCACUCAUGGACUUCUGCAAGACUCUGGAGGCAAGCGUGGCUUUGGGGUCUGGAGGCGGGCCCCUGGUCGACCUCCUGACGAACACCCCAGACGCAAACAGGAAGGCAGCAGCCAAGCCCCCCCACGAGGUGGGACAGCUCAUAGACUUGGCUUCCCCUCUGAUCCUGCGGAGCCCCGAGGCCGACAAGGAAAACGUGGAGUCACCACUUCUCAAGUUCUGAGUGGAGUGAAACCCUCUGCGUUUCACUCACAGUUACAAGAAUAGCCAGUCCUCAAGUGGUUUUCAACCCUCGGAAAUAAGUUUUAGGAGAAAUUGUGUUGGAAAAAUUGAAAAGCAAAACAAAAACCUACGUAAAGUGACCAUGCCUGGCUGCGGAGCACAAGUCGCUCCAGAUGAAGAAUUUGUUUUGAAUCUUCUGUAUGUAAAAUAGCAAGUGACUACUUUUAAAAUUGCUUGUAUGAAAAGUUAAAUAUUCUAGAUUAAAUUAAAUUGUAAAAUAAAUGGAAAUGUAUUAAAGCAUAAGAUUAUCCAUAUUUUCAAACAUGCAUAGCUAUUUUUAUUAUAAUUGUGCAGAAUUUAUAUUAUCCAAAUGUUAAUUCUUUCUACAAAAGUGAUUUUCAGAAUUUAGGGUGAAUAAAAACUGGUUAAAUGCAGGCCC